UAUCAUCCUCAAUCUGGCUAUAUCUUUGGUGUCGGCAAAAACCUAUUCGACAGGUUGCAGGAAGAUCUAUAUGAUUAUCAGAGAAAAAUCAACACUUAUCAUCCUUUUCAUGACGAAGGGGAGUGGGAAUUGGGAAGGUUUCUGGUUGAAAACCUGACUCAAACUCAGAUCAACAAGUUUUUGAAGUUAAAAUGGGUAGGACUCAACUUAGAGCACUACUUGACAGGUCUGACUCUAUGCUUACGGUUUCACACCCGUCCAAGACCAUCUUUCUCCUCAAAGGACCAACUUCUAGACUGGAUCAAUGCACUGCCAUCAUUUGUGCCAUGGAAGGUCUCAAACAUAGAGUUUACAGGCUACAAGACUACUUACCCUGUGCAACUCAUCUGGCGUGAUGCUUUAGAGGUCGUUAAGCAGCUCUUCAGUGAUCCUAUUUUUGCCAAUCACAUCACCUUUCAGCCGCAUGUCAUCAAUACUGGAGGUCAACGAGAAUAUGGGGAUUAUAUGAGCGCCGAUAUGGCAUGGAAAAUUCAGGUCAAUUUUUUUCUGUUAAGUUUACUGUUCAAAGAUUGA